GAUGGCGGAAGCUAGAUUACCCAUCGUCCUGCAAAUUCUUCGUAGCUACGAGCUCCGUCUUCUUCGUUGUUCACUUUCACAUGAUCAACCCCUUCCCACUCCUCAAAUCUUAACCACUUCCAGUCCCCUUCAGACCUCAAUAGAUAACCUACUCCAAUCAAUUGAAUCAGGGCAUUACUCAAAAGCCCUGGCCUCCGACUACGCAGCCUUUCUCCUCAAUCUCAACCAUUCAUCUUCUUCCUACUCCGAUUCAAUCGCAAAUUGUGUCAGUUCGUUCUUAAUUGCAGAAAACAGCGAUGAAGAUACCUCUUUAAGGGCAUUUCUCGUAGUUGCCGUUGCGGUUUCGGCCUUUUCAGCUUUCAUACAGUCUAACGUUACCGGCCCUCCGGAAUCACUGCCGCCGUUGCUCGCUGAUGCAGCUAAAGAGGAUUUGGAAGUUUGGGCUCGUAAUGAGGUGAUGUCAUCUGGCUCUGAUUUGUUGGGAAAAUUCUCUAAUUUGGAAUACUUAGUUUUCGCUAAGUUGGUGUUGUUGAGAAUCAGAGAGUAUUUGCUGUCUAAAGAUGAACAAUCAAAUGAGAAUAGUGUGUUUUUUCCAACGUGUUCAUGGUGGUUAGCUAGGGUUAUACUGAUUCAACAGAAGCUCCUUGAUUCCCAUUCUUCUGUUCUCUUUGAGAAAUUGCAAGAAUUAAUCCCUGAAACUUCAGCUCAUUUGGGUGAUUUCAUGAAAGUAUCAAGCUACUGGAAGGAUACGGAAGAAGGGAUUUUGAGUGAUAUUGUAUCUAUGGUUCACUUAGAAAUGGGAAUCAUUGAUUUUAGAUAUGGACGUGUUGAUUCUUCCAAAUCGCAUUUCGAAUCGGCAAAUAAAGCAUCUGGGCUUUCACUUUCUGUCGGUGGCUCUUUGGGUUUUCGAACUGUACAUCAGGUCGAUCCGAAGGCACAGCUUCGUCUCUUUGCAGAUAAUUCAAAUUCUAGAAAUGGCCCCUUAAAUGUUUCCAGUUCUGUUGAUAGAAAGGAUCAAUCUUGUCAGCAUGAUCAUCAGGUUCAUGAAGCAUCUGAUGUGUUAUUGACUCCAAGAUUCUUAGAAGACAACAAUGGAGGUUCUGUCAUUUUCAGUAAUGGUAGCACUUCUUUGAAGCCAGUCCAACAAGCUCUGAUUUUGGCACAAUGUCUUUUAAUCGAAAAAAAUACUCCUCAUGAUGAAAUGCAGCGGUGGGAUAUGGCACCGUAUAUAGAAGCUAUCGAUUCUCAGCCAGCUUCUUCAUUCAUUAUCAGACGUUUCUGUGACUUAUUACGCAUAAGAUGGGAGGGAACCCGUAGCCGCACUAAGGAGCGAGCCAUUUUAAUGAUGGAUAAGGUGGUCGAAGGUAUCAACGAGUCUACUCCCGGAGUUGCUGCAAGAAUACAUUGUUGUUUUGGUGUCGACAUACCCACGAUUCCAACUCUUCGUAAAGAAUACGCUGAUCUUUUGGUUAGUUGUGGCUUGAUUGGGGAGGCUGUCAAGAUUUACGAGAAUCUUGAACUAUGGGAUAACGUAAUAUUUUGUUACCGCCUAUUGGAAAAACGAGCAGCUGCAGUGGAACUCAUUAACACCCGUCUUUUGGAAAAACCCAACGACCCAAGAUUAUGGUGUUCACUGGGCGACGUUACGAACCAAGAUUCCUGCUACGAAAAAGCCUUGGAAGUUUCAGAAAACAAAUCCGUAAGGGCAAAACGUUCUCUUGCCCGCAGUGCAUACAACCGAGGGGAAUACGAAAAGUCGAAACUUCUAUGGGAAUCUGCUAUGGCGUUAAACUCAUUGUAUCCAGACGGGUGGUUUGCACUCGGUGCCGCCGCCUUGAAGGCUCGGGAUGUCGGAAAAGCGUUGGAUGCAUUUACGCGUGCCGUUCAGCUCGAUCCAGAUAAUGGGGAGGCAUGGAAUAAUAUUGCUUGUUUGCAUAUGACCAAAAAGAGAAGCAAAGAGGCUUUAAUUGCAUUUAAGGAAGCUUUAAAGUUCAAAAGAGAUAGUUGGCAAAUGUGGGAGAAUUACAGCCAGGUUGCAGUUGAUAAUGGCAAUUUUGGUCUGGCUUUGGAAGCUACCCAGAAAGUAUUGAGUAUUACCAAGAAUAAAAGAAUUGAUGUCAAGUUACUGGAGCGGAUAAUGGUCGAGAUCGAAGGGAACAACGGUGACGAUUGUCGAGAAAACGAGCAAUUAACUGAGAUGAUUGGUAAAGUUUUGCAGCAAAUUGCUAGAAAUGGAGGAGAUGGUGAGAUUUGGGGAUUAUUCGCACGGUGGCAUAAACUGAAAGGAGACCCCACAAUGUGCUCCGAAGCGUUAUUAAAGCAAGUUAGAUCAUAUCAAGGAUCGGAGUUGUGGAAAGACAAAGAACGUUUCAAGAAGUUUGCACACGCUUCUUUAGAACUUUGUAAAGUUUAUAUGGAGAUCGGUUCACAAAAUGGUGGCGGUCGAGAAGUGUAUGCAGCCGAGAUGCACCUCAAGAGCACGAUCAAGCAGGCGGCUUUGAAGUUUUCAGAGACCGAAGAAUUUAAGGAGCUCCAGGCUUUUCUUGGCAAGUUGCAAGCAACGGUGCAGGCUAGAUCGGUGCCAUCGGCAUAAAAUACGUGUUUUUGCAGCAAUUUUCGUGUUGGGAAAUUAUUCUAAGAGGGUGACCAUGUAUGAAUUUUGAGAUCAAGUUCUUUCCAUUCACUUAUGGUUAUUGGUUUUCAUAAGUUUAUGUGAUUUUAUAUCUUCACUCGAUUCUGGAGCAUGGACUCUGUUAUUUACUUGCUUUAACGAUGAUCAUGAGACUAGAACGAUGGUCGUGAGACUAGUACGAUGGGAUAUUUUGAAAGGA